GUUGGUAUUCUCAGUCCAAUCUGUUGCUCUUCUUGUCGUUUAGUUAGUUAAUACAACUUUCUUUCCAUUCAUUAAUCUUUUCCUUUUCCAACUCGAAUCACACAAGUCUUGACAAGUUUUCUUGUGUUGUUCUUUUUAAAGUACCCAUUUAUAAUCUUCAAGAAAACUUGGAAGAUAUCUUUUCCUAUUUUCAACAUUCUUUUCCUGCUUCUUCUGUAGAGGACUAGAUUGUUGAAGGUUAGGAAAGAUUGCAGCCUUCUUUAGUCAUCUUUUUUUCUCCGACCCAACCGCGCAUUCUUCCCACAUCCGGUCUAUUCACCCACUCUCCAUUACCCUCGAGCCGAUAUGUCUGACGCCGAGUCGUCUGCGGGCUCUCCUGCCCGUGCCACGAGACGCCGUGAGGAAGAAGACAACGAUCAGCCUCAGGAUUAUGACGUCGGUCGCACCGGCGAUUCGGACAAGGAUUCGGAUGCCCUCUCCGAAAUUGACGAGGAUCAGUUCGAUGAUUACGACCCUGAUACCGCUCGCAUUGAUGAGAAACGUCCCGAACCCCAAGUCAUCGAUGAAGACGCGGCACGAACCUUGAAAGCUGGUAAACGUAAGGGAACCGCUACUAAGAAACCCAAGGAAGGACGACGCGCCAAGAAGCGAACACGCGACGAUGAUAAUGAUGGAGCUGAUGGCGAGAUUCUCCACACGAAGCGAUCCCGCAAGACCGCUGCUGCCGAUGUUCCAGAGCAAGAAUCUGAACCGGAGAACGAGGAAAAUCUGACGCCUGAAGAGCGACGACGCCGAGCAAUCGAGCGCGCCUCUAGAAACCAAACGAAACCGAAGGGUAACAGAAGAAAGAAGAAGGAUGAAGUUGAUUUGGAAGAUGAAUUAGAUGAAAAGAUCGCCGACCUCAAAGUUCGCAUGGAGCAUGCUUGUCAAGCUGACAAUCAGGCGCGCGAAUCAGGCCAACCGGCUUUGCACAAGUUGAAGCUUCUUCCCGAGGUGAUGGCACUACUUAAUCGUAACAACAAUCAGGCAGCUGUCAUCGACCCGGAUACCAACUUCCUGCAGCAUGUCAAGUUCUUCCUCGAGCCCCUUAAUGAUGGCUCGUUACCCGCCUACAACAUUCAACGCGAUAUCUUCCAGGCAAUGACCCGACUCCCUAUAGAAAAGGAGACGUUGAGGUCCAGUGGCAUUGGCAAGGUCGUCCUCUUCUACACGAAGAGUAAGAAGCCAGAGGUCAGCAUCAAGCGCAUAGCUGAACGCUUAUUGGGCGAGUGGAGUAGGCCUAUUCUCAAGCGUAGCGAUGACUACAAGAAGCGGCACAUUGAGACACGAGAGUUUGACUACCAGGCAGCCAAGCUUCGACAAGUUACCACGAACAGUCAGCUCACGCUCAACCAACGUCAGACAUCCCAGAACCUCGCCGAGGCGGAGCGCGCGCGUAUCCUGGCUCCUGUCAAGGACGUCAGCCGAGCCCGAGUCGCGGGUUUGCCUGCAACAUACACCAUCGCGCCACGCAGCACCUUCGACCCCAGUCGCGCCCAAGACUUCCGACCCAUCGGUGCUGGCGGUUUGGAGGCCUUCCGCAAGAUCACCCAGAAGGGGAAGAAGAAGGGCUAGUGGCGCUGAGCAUCUUCCCCUACCUAGGGAUCUGCCCCUCUUUAAGAUUGACAUUGCGUGUUUAUUAAGAUGGGGGAAUUGUUAUUGAUAAUGGAAUGGACGGGCGCCGGUUUUUCUGCAUGCAUAUAUGAUCGUAUGCUGACACAUCUGGAGUUUAUGGUUAGGUCUUUUUCCUUUUCUUCGCCGCCUUCCAUGAGUCUGGGAAGGUAUCGUUACGAAGUAGUCGUUAGGAACAUCAGAACCGCAGAGCAAAAUAGGAUGCGUUAUAUGCUAGUGAAAGGAGGUUGCCAGACUGCUAGGAGAAAGCCUACGUCGGUAUGCUAGGGGGGGUUUACAUAGUAAAGGCCCAUGUACCUUGACUAGGUAGUGCUUCGUCUACAUUCAUAGAACUUCGCCUAAGUCUCUGACAUUAAUUGCGAUACCCACCGCAACAGUUUCUCUGCUACCUACC